AUGAACCAAAGUCUUGAUCUGAAACACAUUAAAAAUGCAAACGCUAUUACAAAUGAGAAGACAAUAGUCUACGUGAACUCAUUCUUAGAUGUCUGGCUUCUGUUAAUUCUUUCUUCUGUUGGUAUUGUAACCAAUGCCUUGACCAUCGCAGUCUUCAGACAUCAAGGGUGGAAGGAAGGCGUUAAUAUAUCUAUGACCACUAUUGCAUUGCUGGAUCUCAUCCGGUGCGUGCUGACAAUGCUCAAACGUAUCCAUGGCUUCAUCGAACUUGUCUCUGUCGCGGACGGCGUGUCCUGGAGCAACUUAACAACACCCAACGCGGAGUUUGUUAACAUUUUAACAAGCUAUGUCUCCUUUGCCCUGCUGGCCUACGUCUCUCUGGAAAGAUGCCUCUGCGUGACGAUGCCCUUCACCAUGAAGACGGUGUUUACGCCCAAAAGAACUUUGAUCAUCCUGAUAGCAAUAGCAGCCUUCGUUUACCUUUCGCUGGCUGUCAUGUGUUUUAACUUCAGCCUGGACUUCGUGUUCAGCGACGAACUCAACUCAACCAUUAUAAUCUUAGUCCGAAGUGACUUCUACAACACGCACAGGGGCGUCGUUGAUCCCUAUCUCAACAGUAUGUCAAUGCUGGUUCCGACUGUCUCUUUCAUUGUCCUCUCUGUAAGCUCUCUCAUCCUUUUAAGGCAGCUAAGGACGUCGCGUGAUGCCGUCUCGGAGAAUAAAACCAAUGAGUCUGUUUUAAAUCUUCCCUAUCACAAAACUGUGAAGAGUACAUUCAGAUUUUCCAAACGGGAGAAGCAGGUCACCAAGAUGCUUCUGGUAGUUGUCAGCUUCUACAUCGGUAACCUUGUCCCGAGGGUCACGUGGUUUGUCGGGCAGUUUGUGGAGCCAGAGUUCCGCGCUCUAGGAGAGUUCCAAGACUUUUACAUGAUGGCCGUCACCUUGAUGUUUAUUUUAGACCUCGUGCACGCUUCCGCCAACUUUUUCAUCUUCUAUUCCAUGAGCUCGGGAUUUAAGAGAACUUUUGAUCAACUUAUGACUUGCAGCAGUCAGGCGUCGUUGCAACAGUAG